GCGCCAUUGUGUAUUUUUACAUUUGUUUUCACCCGGCCCUUUUGUGCGUGGGUUUAGUUGUCGGGGGAGGAGAUGGGGAGGCGCCCAUAGCAACGGGAUCGGGGCAGCAGUAACAGUUACAUUGGCGUUGAUACUCACUCCUCUGCCAAUUUUGAGAAGUCUUUGUGGGUUUUACACACUCUGCAAGUUGGGCCAUGGCAGCGACGACAGACACAAGCUUGCUCUCAGCUGAGAUGAAGGAAGAGGAGGAGGAACUGUACGAACAAUUGCUGCUCCAGGCUGCAAAAGAGAUGCAGGGCACCAGCGUUCCACCAGCACAGGAAUCCAAGCAGAUCAGACCACAGCCAGGCUUCUGUGUGAAGGCAAAGACCAGAAGCAGCGAGAAGAUUUUCAUUAACAUCUGCAAAUCUGAUAAAAUCCCACCUCCACCAGAUCUCUCCGAGGAGGAUCUGGUGAUCUUGCUGGAAUCCGAAGAUCCUUCAGGAUAUAGGAUUCCCAUGAGCCUGGGGGAGCCUCAUGCCGAAGUCGACAACAGUGGGAAUGGUUGUACUGCAUAUGACAUCGUCAUCAAUCCUACUUUUUACAACAAAAUUCAUAGCAAUAAACUCUUCAUGGAAUUUUUCAUGACAAUUGGGUUUGAAGGUUUAGAAAACAAGUAUAACCUGGAGAUGUCCCGAGAAUGGCGAAUGUUGAAGAACAGAAAGUUCCUGGGAUCUGUGGUGGAGCAGAACAUUCGAACAAAAUCAAAACCUGUUAUCCAGGAGCUGAAAUCCAGCACCACGCCCACGGAGAGCAGCGCAAAGCCUCUUGUAUCGGAAGUGGAAAGCAGCUGCGUGGAGCCGGACUACACCAUCGUGGCCGAGCCUGCGGACCAACACCAACACCCCAGCUUCCUGGUGGCGGAGAUCUCCUUACCAAAAGUGGACUCUGCGCGAUCGUUACUACUUGAUCUGGGCGAGGACAGGAUUGUCUUGUGGGCCAGGCCUGACCUUUAUCACCUGGAUAUUUACAUCCCAUACAACGUAAUUCCAGAGGAAAGCGGCUCGCAGUUCAACACAAACACCGGGGUUCUGACCGUGACGAUGCCGGUGCAGCCAGCCUAGUCCAACACCACCACGACCAGCAGCACUCACGAAGAGCGGACAACCAGGGCCAGCCCUCCCUCCCCGAGGGUGAAACUGUGAGCAGUUUGUGAGUGAGUAAAGCACCUGGCUAUGUUUUUGGUUUCAUCCAUCUUUACCUGAGGCUUAAAAACCAACAUGCUGUAGGAACCAAGCAGGUCGGGCAGUGUCUGUGGAGGGGAAUGACAAAUUCAAACUGAAGAAGGAUCGCAACACGAAAUAUCAUCUCUCCAUUCUCCCCACAAAUGCUACCUCACCUGACUCGCCGAGUUCCUCCAGCACUUUGUGUUUUUGUUCAAGAUUCCAGCAUCUGCAGUUUAUUGUGUCUUCUCUGCAGCUGACCAUCUGUAAAUAAAGAUCUUACUCAAACCAAA